AAAUAACUGCAGAACACAAUAGAGUCCCCCUCCCUUCCUCUCUCUUCUCUCUCUCUCUUUUUUUCUUUUCCUGCUUCCAAACGCCUUCUUUGAGGCUGAAGCUGGGCAGGUCUCCAAAGGUGCAGCAGCCACAACAAUCCCGCAGUUAAAAGUUAAGCAGCAGUUGCACAACUUCCAGCAACUCUCUCAGCGGCUACUAAUGAGCUGAACGCCAGGAACAUCCGAGGAGGUGAAGAGAAAGCUUCCAGCGCUCCUCCUGUCACCCUAGAAAUCCAGAUAUCCCCACCCCCAGAUCACUUUAAGAUACGCUCCUAAUUAUUCACUUGCCCGACAGACCAUGUCUCCUUUUGGAAGAAACUUGCUAAAGACUCGGCAUAAAAACCGAUCUCCAACUAAAGACAUGGAUUCAGAAGAGAAGGAAAUUGUGGUUUGGGUUUGCCAAGAAGAGAAGAUUGUCUGUGGGUUAACUAAACGCACCACCUCUGCCGAUGUCAUCCAGGCUUUGCUUGAGGAACACGAGACUACAUUUGGAGAGAAACGAUUUCUUCUGGGGAAGCCCAAUGAUUACUGUAUCAUAGAGAAGUGGAGAGGCUCAGAACGGGCUCUUCCCCCGCUAACUAGAAUCCUGAAGCUUUGGAAAGCAUGGGGAGAUGAGCAGCCCAAUAUGCAGUUUGUUUUGCUUAAAGCAGAUGCUUUUCUUCCAGUUCCUUUGUGGCGAACAGCUGAAACCAAAUUAGUGCAACACACAGAAAAACUGUGGGAGCUCAGCCCAGCAAAUUACAUGAAGACAUUGCCACCAGAUAAACAAAAAAGAAUAGUGAGAAAAACUUUCCGAAAACUGGCUAAAAUUAAGCAGGACACAGUUUCCCAUGAUCGAGAUAAUAUGGAGACAUUAGUUCAUCUGAUCAUUUCCCAGGACCAUACUAUUCAUCAGCAGGUCAAGAGGAUGAAAGAGCUGGAUAUGGAAAUCGAAAAGUGUGAAGCUAAGUUCCACCUUGAUCGGGUAGAAAAUGAUGGAGAAAAUUAUGUUCAGGAUGCAUAUUUAAGGCCCAGUUUCAGUGAAGUUGAGCAAAAGCUAGACAUGCAGUAUGAGGAAAGCCAGAUUCUGGAGGACCUGAGCGAAAAUGACGGAAUUGUACAGUUGGAAGAACGACUGAAAUAUUACCGAAUGCUCAUUGAUAAGCUCUCUGCUGAAAUAGAAAAAGAGGUAAAAAGUGUCUGCAUUGAAAUAAAUGAAGAUGCAGAAGGGGCAGCUGCCAGUGAACUGGAAAGCUGUAAUUUAGAAAGUGUUAAGUGUGAUUUGGAGGAAAGCAUGAAAGCUGGUUUGAAAAUCCACUCUCAUUUGAGUGGCAUCCAGAAAGAGAUUAAGUACAGUGACUCAUUGCUUCAGAUGAAAGCUAAAGAAUAUGAACUCCUGGCGAAGGAGUUCAACUCACUUCACGUUAGCAACAAAGAUGGAUCCCAGUCAAAGGAAAACAGAGGGAAGGAAUCCCAGGUUCCCAACAGCAGGGGGGAGGUUCCUCCCUUUGCUCAAAGAGAAUUUAACAUGUAUACAAACGACACAGACUCGGACACUGGUAUCAGCUCCAACCACAGUCAGGACUCGGAAACAGCUGUAGGAGAUACGGUGCUGUUGUCAACAUAAUAUGAAUGGCUUCCUUCUGACCUGCUUUAAUGUUGUCCAUGUUUUUUUAAUGUAAUAGGAAACUUUAUUUUAAAUGUGACUUUCUGAAAAAAUGUAAAUCAUGUUACAGUAUUCAGUAGUUAAUAAUAACUAGAGAAAUUUGUUCGUUUUUGA